AUGGGCUGCUGCUGCAGCUCGGACUACGACGAGGACUGGAUCGAGAACAUCGACAUUUGUGAGCACUGCAAUUACCCCAUCGAGCCCGACAGCAAGCGCCAGAGGCUGAUCCGCAAUGGCUCUGAGGUGCAAGACCCCUUGGUGUCCUACGAGGCCACGUCUCCGCCGUGCUCCCCCCUGCAAGAUAAGCUGGUGGUGGCCCUGUACAACUACGAGCCCAAGCACGACGGGGACCUGGGGAUGCGGAAGGGUGAGAAGCUCCGCAUCCUGGAAGAGAGCGGGGAGUGGUGGAAGGCACAGUCGCUCACCACUGGCCAGGAGGGUUUGAUCCCCUACAACUUCGUGGCCAUGGAGAGCAGCCUGGAGCCCGAGCCGUGGUUCUUCAAAAACAUCGGCCGCAAGGAUGCGGAGCGGCAGCUCCUGGCGUCGGGCAACACGCACGGCUCCUUCCUCAUCCGGGAGAGCGAGACCUCCAAAGGCUCCUACUCACUGUCGGUGAGGGACUUCGACCAGAACCAGGGUGAGACGGUGAAGCACUACAAGAUCCGCAACAUGGACAACGGGGGGUACUACAUCUCCCCCCGCGUCACCUUCAGCAGCUUGCACGAGCUGGUGGAGUAUUACACACGCAGCUCCGACGGGCUGUGCACCCGUCUCGGCAAGCCCUGCCGGACCCAGGAGCCGCAGAAGCCGUGGUGGCAGGACGAGUGGGAGGUGCCGCGGGAGUCGCUGAAGCUGGUGGAGAAGCUGGGAGCGGGGCAGUUUGGAGAAGUCUGGAUGGGCUUCUACAAUGGCCACACCAAGGUGGCCAUCAAAAACCUGAAGCAGGGCAGCAUGUCACCCAGCGCCUUCCUGGCGGAGGCCAACCUCAUGAAGAACCUGCAGCACCCCCGGCUGGUGCGGCUCUACGCCGUGGUGACGAAGGAGCCCAUCUACAUCAUCACGGAGUACAUGGAGAAGGGCAGCCUCGUGGACUUCCUCAAGACCUCGGAAGGAGUCAAGCUCAGCAUCAACAAACUGCUGGACAUGGCCGCGCAGAUCGCCGAAGGCAUGGCCUUCAUCGAGGCCAAGAACUACAUCCACCGCGACCUGCGGGCUGCCAACAUCCUCGUGUCCGACGCCCUGUGCUGCAAAAUCUCCUUCUUCCUUCUCCCCCCCCCCCCGAGGGGGGCUGCGGAAUCCCACAUGCCCACCCGACCCUGCUUUUGGUGGGGAGCUAAAUUCCCCAUUAAGUGGACGGCGCCGGAGGCUAUUAAUUACGGAACGUUCACCAUCAAGUCCGAUGUCUGGUCUUUCGGCAUCCUGCUCACGGAGAUCGUCACCUACGGCCGGAUCCCGUAUCCAGGGAUGACCAACCCCGAGGUGAUACAGAACCUGGAGCGCGGUUACCGCAUGCCGCAGCCGGACAACUGCCCGCAGGAGCUGUACGAACUGAUGAUGCAGUGCUGGAAGGAGAGGCCCGAGGAACGUCCCACCUUCGAGUACAUGAAGAGCGUGCUGGAGGACUUCUUCACCGCCACCGAGGGCCAGUACCAGCAGCAGCCGUGA